UUUGCAACUUCAUGUCUCAUGAAAAGUGCCUAAAGAAUGUCAAGAUACCGUGUUCAUGUAUUGCUCCAAGCCUUGUAAGGGUUCCAGUUGCACACUGUUUUGGGCCUCCAGGACAUUACAAAAGAAAGUUUUGCACUGUGUGCAGAAAGUCCCUAGAGUCUCCUGCCUUUCGAUGUGAAGUUUGUGAGCUACACGUGCACACAGACUGUAUCCUGUUUGCUUGCAGUGAUUGCCGACAGUGUCACCAGGAUGGGCAUCAGGACCACGCUACUUAUCACCACCACUGGAGGGAGGGAAACCUUUCUUCAAGUGCUCGUUGCGAAGUUUGUAAAAAAACCUGUGGCUCUUCUGAGGUGCUGUCUGGCAUGAGAUGUGAAUGGUGUGGCAUCCUGGCUCAUGCUGCAUGUUACAUAGUUGUCACACCAGAAUGUACUUUCGGAAGAUUAAGGAGUAUGAUUCUUCCUCCAAGCUCUGUGCAGUUAUUUUCUCGCAACUUCAGCAAACUGCAUUGUUUUCGAAUAUCAGAAAAUUUGCAAACAGAAUCAGAUGAAGAUGACGAUGUUGAUGGAUCAACACAGGGAUCAGCAAAAGAUGUCCAAAUUUCAACCGAUUCAAGUAAACAAACAUUAAAGAUAUUUGAUGGGAAUGAUGCAGUGAAACGCAAUCAAUUUCGACUGAUUUCAAUUCCAAGGAUUGCAAAAAAUGAAGAAGUUGUGGAGGCUGCUUUGAGGGCAUACUACAUAAAUGAUGACCAGCAGGAGUAUGAGCUCCAGACGUUUACACAGCAGGCACUGCUGUCUGAUGAUGUUAUCAACAGGAACAAUGCUGCAGAGGACACCAACUUGGGCUCAGUAUUCCGAGAAUCUGUUCCUGAAGCUUGGAUCAUCAGAGCCAAACCAAAGGAUGCAGAAGUGAUCAGAAUUUAUCCUGCCUGGCUAAAGGUGGGAAUGGCGUAUGUUUCUCUACGAGUAAAUAAGGAUAGCACUACGCAGACUCUGAUCAAAGAAGUGCUUCCAUUGCUUGGAAGGCAGACGGAGUGCCUCCAGAAUUUCAAACUGGUGGAAGUUCUUAUGGGCAGUAAGCAGGUUCAGCGCAUGGUCUUGGACAAUCACGAGCUGAUUCUUAACAGACUCAAGGACAUAAGAAAGACUUCAAUACGUCAGAUGAACCAAACAAGAUUUUACAUUGUGGAAAACAGUAAAUCCAUUGUACGAGUAAAUUUAUUUGUUGGUGGCCUUCCACCUCAGCUUUCCCCUGAAGAAUACACAAAUAUCCUCAAGGAUGAAUUAGCUAUCAAAA